CGCGCCCCACCCCGACAUGUUUCCCCUCCUCCAUAGUCUGCCUUGUUUCCCUCCAUCUCUGCUUUCCUUUCAGUGCUCGGACAUUGCGUUAAGGUGACGAUCCGAGUCCCGCUCUUGGGGGGAAUUCGAGGAAAGACAGGCGACCAACUACACCCUGAACGGACAGUAGACGACAGCGUGAAUUCGUGCUCGUCGCAUUUCGUUGCAUUUGUGCAGUUGGCGUGAAACUACAGCAAAAUGGAUCCAGUCAAUCAGUCCGCCCAGAUCUCCUCGUCGGGGUUCGCCGAUGGGCACAAUUCUGCUGCCAAAGAGUCAAAGCUCUCCGAUUCCUUUCUUUCCUCUUCGCCUGUAUCUCUCAUUCAGUCUCCUCAAGACAAACGAAUCGUCUUGGGCUCUGACAAGUCCUGUGAAGGUGUAGCAACAUCGCUUCGCUUUCCUUCUCAGUCUGGCUCAUUCACACCUAGCCAUUACGGGAAAGAAGCAGGGCCACCAGAUGGACAACCGGAUUCACCAAUAAAGGCAUCUCCUGUUUCAGAACGAAUAAAGGCACUGGAAGCUCUCGCUGCCAAAAAGAAGGAAUCUGAUUUUAGAAGCGAUGGCAGUUUCUCUCACUACAAAGAACGAAAUUAUGAGAAAUCUCCCACUGAGGUUCAUAAAUCUCCUGUUGAGAAAAUCACACCAAGUGUGCAGAUAAAAAGAAGUUCUACUGACCAGUCACCGGAAUCCCCUUUUGAGGUUCUUGGAGAUUUAAGACAAGUGAAUGAAUUUGAAGAAACAGAAGAGUGGAUGAAGGCUCAUUUACCUCCCGUGCCCAAAUUGGAUGGUGUAGAUUUAAUUAAAGAUACUCUGGCUUCAGAUAAUGUUUCUUCAAAAGAGAAGAACACUGAUAUAGUAACACCUGAUGCCUUUGCUGGUGUUCCUGAGGCUUUCAUGGAUUUUGAAGCUCCAAUAGUAAAAGAUGACUGUGAUGCUAAGAAACAGUCCAUUGUUGAGGAAGAGUUUGACCUCAGCUUUUUGCCGACAGCCUACAUGUGGGAUCAGCAGGACAAAUCUGGGGCCCAGGCUCAAGCAAAUACAGAAUCAAACCUUUCAGCUUCUCCUGCACCUCCUGCAGGCUUUGGCUCUCCAUCCCCUCCAUGCUCCCCUCCAGAUAGCGUUGAUGUUGCGCACAGAGUUUUGGGUGAUGAGAAACCCACCUUGACUGGAGAUCUGGAGCACCCAGAGGCAAAUGAAGCAGAGAGCUCCGGAGAGUCAGAUGAAACGGUCAUUGAAGAUGGUGUCACUGUACCAGUUUCCUCUCAGUCUUCUGAGCCAGUGGUUUCAAAUGGUUCUACCCCUGCCUCUGCAACUCCUGAUGUUCCCUCUGAAAUAACUCCUCCACCAAAGUCUGAGAGAAAGCUGAUGCAGGUUCCAACAAUCAAUGUUAUUGAAACAGAUGAGCCAAAUUACAGCGAGGAGGAGAUGGAAAUGGAGCUUGAAGCAGAUGAAGAUGAAGAUUCUGAGGUUAUAAAGGACUCAAGCAGAGAGGCUCCGAAAACCUCAGAGACAGAACCAGACGACUGUAUAAAUACACCACCCAAGGCACGCCCCUUGGAGACCGAAUUUGUGGAGGGCUACUCUCCUCCAUCUUCUCCUGUGGACUCUGAUGCAGAGUAUUCUCCCAAACACAAGCUUUUCAAAUGUUUGCCAGAAACAGUCAGUCAGGAAGCUAUUGAAAACCCUGAGCCCCUACCGAAUCCAGCUCUUUCAGAGGACUCUGCUUCUGAUGUUUCACAAAUACAACCUGAAAAGUCAAGUACAGUAAAUGAUGAACCUUCCUGUUUCAUGGGAACAAAUGAAGAAGUGGACUUCCCGGACAAUGAUAACGACUGGUCAGAUGAUGGGCAAUGUAUGGGAUCUAGUAGGAUCAAUGUUGGGUCUAAAGAACCAAUUCCUUGCAUUCAGGCCAAAGUUGAAAGCACAGAUGAAAAAGAGGCAUAUGUGGAAAUGGCUUCUAUUUCUAAAACAAGCUUCAUGCAAGAUGAAAUAUAUGACAGACAGUCAUUUGAUUAUGAUUUUGAUGCAUUUUCUCCCUUGGACAACCCUGAUAACAAAGGAAUGAACAAUGCUAAGGAGCGUUUUCUUUCUGAUGCUAAUGAAAUCCAGACUGAAAAAUUGAAUGCAGGCGCUACACGCAAAUUUCAGGAAGACACCAAAACUCUGGAUGACUUCUCCUUACUGAAUUAUGAUAAAGACUCGCCAAAGCAGGAUGCUCAAACAUCUGUAAAGGAACAUUCCCAAGAUCAGUUCUCCUUGUUCCAAAGUGAAACACUUACCAGUGUAAGUGAGCAAGAUUUCACAAAGAAAAUGACCAGUGACCACACUUCAGAUAACAUGACAAAUGGAAACUCCUCCGCAGCACAGAAAAUUGAUUCAGCAGUUCAACAGGACACUCAAAUGGCUCACCACAAACCUAAAAUAAUUACUUCAGCAAGCACAGACACGAGCAGCUUAACUUCGGGGCCUACAGACAGUUUUGUAGAGUUCAUGAGAGAGUGCUUGAAAUCGAAGCAGGAUGACGAAGCUGACAAUUUGCACCAAGAUGUUCCCUCCAAGACGGCGAUUUGCAAAACCAAUCUGCCUCCUUCUCAGCCCACUCCAACCAUGGUGAUGGAUCUUGAACAAGAGCAGCUUACUAUUAGUGCUCUCAAAGAGCUGGGCAGCAAUCAAAAGGAAGAGGAUCCCACCCCAGAUAAUUCUAGCUCCAAUGCUUCGUCUCAACAGCGGUCUGCCUUUGCUACAGUUUCUAACCCUCCAUGUUCCCAAAGCAGCCGUGUAUACGACGGCACAUAUUCCAAAGAGGUGGAAGCCAUUGAUGAAUGGGUGGCUGAAGCCUAUCAUCUUGCUGAGCAUGUCUUGACAGCGAUACUAACUCACUUAUCAGUCAAGGAUCUGAUUCACUGGCGAGACCCCAAGAAGUCGGGCGUGGUGUUCGGUCUGUCCAUGCUGAUGUUGCUAUCGCUCGCAGCGUUCAGCAUCAUCAGUGUGGUCUCCUACCUGCUGCUGGCCCUUCUCUGUGUCACCAUCACCUUCCGCAUCUACAAGUCUGUGGUCCAGGCUGUGCAGAAGUCUUCUGAGGGACACCCCUUUAAAUCGCUGAUAGAUAAGGAUGUCAGCAUCCCCCCAGAGACUUUCCGCAAGCACGUGGACGCCAGUCUGACCUACAUCAACCGAGCCCUUAAGCAGAUGAGCCGCCUCUUCCUGGUCGAGGACCUUGUGGACUCCCUGAAGCUGGCUGUGGUCAUGUGGCUGUUGACCUACGUAGGAGCAGUUUUCAAUGGAAUCACCAUUCUCAUCCUGGCUGACAUCUUGCUCUUUGCUGUCCCGCCGAUCUACGAGAAGAACAAGACUCAGAUUGAUCAGUAUAUUGACGUGGCACGUACUCAGAUCAACACCACAAUUGCCAAGUUGCAAGAGAAACUUCCUGGAGCUAUGAAGCGCAGCAAAACUGAAUGAUCAGCCUCGCUUGAUUUAAAACCUCCAUCACCACCAUCCUCAUGUCCAUCACCAUCUAAAACCUUCACACAGCCCCCCCUCUCCAGUUCACCCCUCACCCCAGUCUAGCCCUCCCCCACUCCACCUACCAUCACCACAUUACAACACUGAACCUUGCUAGGUAGAAAAUCUCUGAGCUACUCGAUAUUCAAUGUAAAACUACUGCGCAGCUUAACUCGCAAGCAUUAGAGAAGAACUGAGAAGAGAAGAACCAUCGCUAGCGAGGAAGUGAUGUAAUUCCACGGCAGAGCCCCCCCCCACCACGUGGGUGUGCCCAGGGGAACGGAGGCAGGGUAGAGUGAACUAGACUGAAUCUAUGACCUGGUUUUGUUGGGUACAGUGAGCAGGAGGUGGAAGAUGGCUGUUGGUCACACAAAAAGCAAAUGUCUGUACUUACCACUAUACAUUUCCCUGAAGGUAAACAGAUGAUUGAAGCUUGAAAAUCAAAAAACAUUAAAAACGAAAAAAAAAAGGAAAAAGCUGUGUUGUUGUGAAUAGUCUAAUCCUGCUCUGGCUGUGCAGCUGUUGUAUGGCUACAUCUGAGUUCAUUUUUAGAAGCUGGUAAUGGGUUCUCUGUUACUGAUUGGCCUGGUUAUUGACUAUGCUUCUGUUCACCUUACAGGCACGUCUCUGUCUACGUUUCUGCAAUGCACUGACCUUUUUAUUCUUUAAACCCCACGAGCAGGGUGAAACGCAAGGAUUGGCACACAGAGCCAGCUGUGAUAGUUUGGUCUAGUUCACCCUUUGAUCAGGCAUUUCUAGAACAGUUCUCUGUUUGUAUAUACACCUCAAGACAACUCCAGGCUCUCUGCUGUAUGGAGCACGUUAGCCUCGCUUUUUAUAUCAACGGCCCCUGACCUAACGCUGCCCUAACUCCUUUUUUGUCGCACUUGUUCAAGCCAGAAAGUGUUGAGAUCUCACUCACUUGUACAUUUUGAUUAUCCUCAUCAUUGCUUAUAUUAUUAUUAAUUAUAGGACGGCUGCUUGACUCCCUAGUAGCUUGACAACAGCAUUGUAAGAGUUACGUUAAGUGUCAUUGAGCUUCAUGAUUUGAAACCGGAGGGUUUUUUUCAGAAGUCGGUUCCUGAUUGUUUGAUAGGUUAAUGAAUCUGAUGUGUUUCCCAAAGUGUCCUCCCAGCUUGCUUUUGUUGCUUUAGUUUGGAGAAUCAGCUGUUGAUCUAACCUGGGGUCGAGAUUACUUUUGCUACCACUGUCAUCUGAGACAGCGGUUAAAGUCACGAGAGGUUUAAAUGAAAGCCCUUAAAUGGAGAAAGGCUUCAAAGUGAUUUUUUUUUUCAAAAUUAAACAUUAAGAAUUGCACACCCACUUUAGUGAUCACAGUUUUUUAUAAUUGUUUUAAAUUUCUGUCUCGGAUUUGCUGUUACAUUCUGUUGAGUCUGUGGGUGGAUCUUUAGAUUUCAGUAAAAUGGAUCAAUCAUAAAAUUGAAAACAUUAAAGCAGGAAAUCAUUUAAAUGUGAGACGAAAUAAAUGUCUACUUUAAAGCCUAAUGUGCUUGUUUUUAUGUGUAAACGAGGAAGCGAUACUGAAUGAAUUUGAGCAUUUCAGACUCUGUGUGUCACGUAUGUCAGCAGUAGUUUAAGGGGGGGGGGGGGGUAAGAAAACCUAUGGAUGCUGUUCUGAGCAUAGUGUAGCUUGGGGAAUGGGAGGUAGUUGUUAGUGUGGUUAUUGUAGAGCUUGGUCUGUGUUUUUUUUUUUUUUUUCUAGCUGCCGUGGAGCGCACGUCGUAGUGUAAGCUGGAACCAGACUCUCACCACGUCUAUUGGCUGUAUCAUAUUUUUGACCCUGCCUUUUAUUUAAUAUGAUGAUUCCUCGUGAUUGUUUCGAUGGUGUUUCUAAACUCCUUAGGACGUGUCGUCGCGUUGGCGCUACCACAUCUCCAUCUCGUUUUAGCCAAUGACUAUAUGGGAAGAAGCCAAAUGUGGCGUCACACUUCAAAAUGGGUUUUCGAGCCUGAGUUCUGAACUUGUUUUGAAUCGUCUUAUUGCCUCUCGAUGCAGUAACUGCUUAACUUACUACUCGGACGCCUGCUGAAUGUUUUCUCUGGUGGAACAUUCCUUCCCUCGCAUGCCCUCCACCGCGUGUCGUCUCACUGUGAUGGCCUCAUAGAUGUUUCGGUCGGCCUGUUGUGCAUGGUGUCCCAUUCAGUCUGUGUUUAAAGCCAAACAUGCAAUGCUGCCGUUAGCCAACACCCCUGUCACCUGGGCGGCAUGUGGUCCCAGGAACAAGUGCAAAGGGAACUGGGGCGCGAGUGCAGAGACAGUUACUGUAAUGAACGCAUCCUGUUUAUUUAUUUGAAAGUGAAGAAGUUGCAUAUUUCUGCUUUAAAAUGUGAUAAAUUCAUUCAUUCAAGUCACACAAACUACUGGAGCAUGUUUGCUUUUCACGAAUCCCAUGUUUUUGCUUCAGACAAAUUACAAAACACAGCGUUUGGCAUCUUCAGAGAGCAAAACUUACAUGUGUAACCUUUUGCACUGUAUAGAGGUAGCAGCAAAGCCCGGGCUCUUUCUGGUGAAGCUGGAGGACCCACGGUUCUUGGAUAGAAAGGGGUUUGAAGGAAGCAGCAGAUCUGAAGCAAACAAAGUGACACAUCUAACUAGUUUUCUGAUUCUGACUCCAUCUAGAAAACCCUGGACUAUUUUAAUGCUCCGGCCGACCUUGAAGUGUUUUGGUAGAAGAGCUGUCAGUUUUUUUUUGUUUGUUUUUGUUUUUUUACAGCACAGCACCUUCCAGUGAAACUUUAGUUCAGGAACGGCUACGUUCUUAGUGUGCUACCAAGGCUAAAUAGGCAAAGACUACUUAGAAUCCUAGUGGGCUUAUUUCUUCAGAGUUUAAUAUAUAAUAUGAGUACAUGUUGACAUAUUUGAACCUGUUCCUCCACAGCAUGUUGCUUUUUCUUGUUUGUGUUCCCAUCGGGUGUGUGAGCGUGCGGCAGGAGUGUGUUUGACUGUCUCUGUUUUGCUUCUGGCUCUUUACUGGUAUCUAGAGGUUGUUCACUAACAUCAGCCCUGUUUUAUAUUAGCUAUGACUUUGGUUCCAAUUUUUGAAGCUUUGGGAAAAGAUGUUGCAGGAAAUAAAAAGAAAACAGAAAAAAAGUAUGUGGUAUCUGUACUGAUGUCAAAGUGAAAUUAAUAAAAACGCGUCGAAGGAC